AUGGCUCAAACCACACCAAAGAUAUCAGUUUCAGUACCGAUAUUCUUCCUCAUAACCAUUGUUGCCAGCUUGGAAGCCAAAGACACAAGAACGAAAGAGACCAACAUGGUGUUCUACAUGCAAGACUGGGAGACAGGCCCGAAGGUGACUUCAAUCCCGGUUGCUGGAAUCAAUGGCGUGAAUUCAACUGGGUCCAAGUUCGGAGCCAUCCUUGUGUUGGACGAUGCGAUCACCGAAGGAGUAGAUAGGAACUCGAAGGAGCUAGGACGAGCUCGAGGGAUAUUUGUAGUGUCGUCCUUAGACGCCUCCGUCCUAUCUUACAUGUUCACGAUCGUUUUCACGGACGGAGACUACAAAGGGAGUACGCUACAGAUACAAGGUUUGGAACCCUUGUUGUUGCAACGUAGGGAGGUAUCGGUCGUAUCCGGGACGGGCAUGUUUCGAUUUGCGAUGGGCUAUGCUAUUCUCGAGUCGGCUUUCCUCGACCUCGCCAAUCUCAAUGCAGUUGUCAAGAUGAUUGUUACCGUUCGCCACUACUCAGAUCAGGACUCGACUAAUUUGUCGUCGAAAUCUACUAGUUUAUUGAGUUCAGAUUAUAUACGAGCGGUGAUGACUCUUUACGUAGCUGCAACGAUGGGUGCUGUUGCAACCGUCUGA